AACAGUCCAAGUGAGAGGGGAGCUGGCUGUGGAUUCAGGUUCUUUUUCCUUGGGCAGUAGGGAGGUGGCUUCUCUUCUCCUCUCCAUUGUAUCUUAAUUUGUAAGGCUUGAGUGUGGCUCUGCAGGGAGCAAGAAAGGGGCUAGAGUGUUGCCAAGCUCCGCUUCGUUCUUCAGCCCCCCUCCCGGGGUGGGGGCGGAGGGUUAGACGGUCCCAGGUCAAGAAGCGCGGGGGCGGAAGCGGCGGCGGCUGCGACGGCGGCGGCUGUCAGACCUGGAGAGGGGCCGGGCGCAGCGGCGAUGGAGGGUCAGCGCUGGCUGCCGCUGGAGGCCAAUCCCGAGGUCACCAACCAGUUUCUCAAACAACUAGGUCUACAUCCUAACUGGCAGUUUGUUGAUGUAUAUGGAAUGGAUCCUGAACUCCUUAGCAUGGUACCAAGACCGGUGUGUGCAGUGUUACUUCUCUUCCCUAUUACAGAAAAGUAUGAAGUAUUCAGAACAGAGGAGGAGGAAAAAAUAAAAUCUCAGGGACAAGAUGUUACAUCAUCAGUAUAUUUCAUGAAGCAAACAAUCAGCAAUGCCUGUGGAACAAUUGGACUGAUCCAUGCUAUUGCCAACAAUAAAGACAAGAUGCACUUUGAAUCUGGAUCAACCUUGAAAAAAUUCCUCGAGGAGUCCGUGUCAAUGAGUCCUGAAGAACGAGCCAGAUAUCUAGAGAACUAUGACGCUAUUCGAGUCACUCAUGAGACCAGUGCCCAUGAAGGUCAGACUGAGUCCUCCUCGCCAUCCUCAUCACAGCCUCAUUCUAGCCACUGCAGAACGAAGGCCUCAUCAUUGUGUCACCAUGCAUCCCUGCCCUGGGUCAAACGUAACCAUGUAGGCCCUGCAAAAGCUACCAGUCCAUCUCUCCGUCUUCGUCGCUGGCGACCCUUCUUACGCCUACCAUCUAUGGGUCUCCAUUCUGUUGCACCAAGUAUAGAUGAAAAAGUAGAUCUUCAUUUUAUUGCAUUAGUUCAUGUAGAUGGGCAUCUCUAUGAAUUAGAUGGACGGAAACCAUUUCCAAUUAACCAUGGGGAAACUAGUGAUGAAACUUUAUUAGAGGAUGCCAUAGAAGUUUGCAAGAAGUUUAUGGAACGUGACCCUGAUGAACUGAGAUUCAAUGCAAUUGCUCUAUCUGCAGCAUAGCUUGUCAGUGAUGGAAACACCAAAUACUGUAUUAUUUGCAACAAAAAUUAAAUUUCCGCUGCCACACACUAACUCAAAAAUUUUGAUAUUUUCAUUAACUUGACUGAUUAAACUUUAUGUGAAUUAAA